CGUCACUCGUCCGGAGUGCGGAGUAUGGCAGUGGAUUGACGAGCUCCGACAGAAGAACACUUCUUCUCCACGAGCUUUGAUAUGGAAACAUACUGGCUGGAUUAAACAAGUGCUCCGAGAGGAGCUGCAGUUUGAGCGCUUGACUCGGGAGUUGGAGGUGGAGCGACAGAUUGUGGCCAAUCAGCUGGAGCGAUGCCGACUGAGUUCAGAUUCGCCAGGAGCUGCUAGCGGCGGUUCCUCUGAGACGUCUCUUCCCUGGAGAUCUGCAGGGUCUACCCAGAUGAACUCUUACUCUGAUAGUGGUUAUCAGGAUGCGGUCAGCUACUACAGCGGUCAGGCUCAGAGACUUCACACAUCACUUCCUGCUUCAGGAGGAAGCUCCACACUGCAGAGGGGCUCCAGGGCCGAGGGCCAGGCUGCAGGACACCCCCGAACACAGGAGCUACAGGGGUCGGGAAUGAUGGACGGGACUAAACCAGGUCGUGCUAUGCGCCGUGUUGGUUCAAUGCCCGCUCGUGUUCAGCCACUGUACAGAAGCAGCAUCUCUCCGUCUCGAGGUUCUCUUCGGACCACUGGAAGCUCCUAUGGGUCGCCGAUUACGACUGAACCUAAACCUCUUUUCACAAGCACCACCCUGUCUGCAGUCCCACAGAAGGCCUCUCCUUCCACCCUGCGAAGAGCUCUGUGA